CGGUGAUCCAACUUGAAAUUCAAAGUCUGGAGUUGUAUUCUUUUGUUUUCUGAUUCAAAAACACAAACCAUUGAGAAAAGGCUGGAAUCGAACACGCAUCCACGUCGACCCACGUGUUUACGCUUCCUUCUCCACCUUUCCUUCUUCUCUCACCGCCCUUCCAAAAAAUACAACUAACCCUCAGUUUUCUGUUUUUUCCUGGAUAAAAUUUUCGCAAUCCAUUCCCACCCCCAAUCCUAAAUCUCUCUGAUUGGCCGGCCUGCUGAUAUGGUGGCGGGGCUGUUUGGCCUUUCCGUGGAGGAGGCCGUGGUGGCGCUCCACCUCAAGGCCGCCACGAAUUGGUGGGACAUAGUCAAUCACUCUGCCGCUUGGCAGGACCGUAUUUUCCAUGUGCUCGCUGCGCUGUAUGGGAUCGUCGCCGCUGUUGCCCUUGUACAAUUGGUUAGGAUACAAUUGAGAGUACCCGAGUAUGGUUGGACGACUCAGAAAGUAUUCCAUUUUCUAAAUUUCUUAGUCAAUGGAGUUCGUUGCCUUGUGUUUGCAUUUCGUCGGGACGUUGAGAAGUUGGACGCUGAGAUUACACAUCAUAUUUUGCUUGAUUUGCCAAGUCUUGCGUUUUUCACGACGUAUGCAUUGCUUGUACUGUUCUGGGCAGAAAUUUACUAUCAGGCUCGUGCUGUAUCUACAGAUGGUCUGAGGCCUACCUUUUACACAGUAAAUGGUGUUGUUUAUUUCAUUCAGAUGAUUCUGUGGUUAGCUCUAUGGUGGAAACAUGUUCAUGUGGUGGUGGUCUUAACCAAGAUGUUCUUUGCAGUUAUUUCUCUAUUUGCUGCCCUGGGGUUUCUUCUCUAUGGUGGAAGGUUAUUCUUAAUGCUACAGAGAUUCCCUGUGGAGUCGAAAGGACGUCGCAAAAAACUACAGGAGGUUGGCUAUGUAACCACAAUUUGUUUUAUAUGUUUUCUGGUUAGAUGCAUUAUGACGUGCUUUGAUGCUUUUGACCCAGCUGCUGAUCUAGAUCUUCUGGAUCAUCCGAUCUUGAAUUUUAUCUACUAUCUGCUGGUGGAGAUAUUGCCGUCAGCACUCGUGCUCUUCAUAUUGAGAAAACUGCCUCCGAAACGAGGGAUCACACAGUAUCAUCCUAUCAGGUGAUGAAACCAACUGGUGAUGCUGAAUGGAGGGGUUGGAAUACCAUUGAAUUUGGAGCAGAAAUGUGAUGAUCAAUCAACUUAUGUCCAUCUCCAACCCUCUUUGUUACUCUCUCAUGCAGUUGACAAUUUUCGCUAGAAGUGCGUAAUCUGUCAUCUCUGUUUGCAUAGCAUUUAGCCAUCGUGUGUGUGUGUGUGUGUGUGUGUGUGUGUGGUGACAGUAUAAAAUUAUACUCCACCGGGGUUCGGGUUGAUCACCAUUUAGUCAAGCUUGGUUCGUUUAUUAUCGAGGUGAGCAUACAACUAUUACUAGUAUUAACUAGUGUAUAAUAGCAGUAUAAUAAAAGGUUGUUGAACUCAGCAUAUUCUCUUUAGGGGCCAAUUUUAUUCAUAUUUUUUUGUAAGGCAGAUAUGUUGUGAAGAUAUAUGUUUCAAAAAUCUUUUGGAGUUGAUUAAAGGUUUUUUAAAAUUU